UAAGAAAGGCGACAUAGUGGCCAUCGUGGGUCCGAACACCCUCGAGAUGGUUGUAGGAAUGUUAGGAAUCCUUACAGCUGGGGCUGUUGUCUUGAAUUGCACCAUUAACAUGAAAACAGCCCUAGAUGUGAAGAAUCUGUUUCAGCUCACCGACGCCAAGUGUAUUUUAGUGGACCCUGGAAAGAACAACUCUCUUCUGGAUCCUGUGAAGGCAAUGCUUGAUAAUUGCAAUGUGCAAAAGGAUGACAGGAAAGAAGAUGGUCUGAUUAAGGUGAUCUUUCUCCGCAAAACUGACGUCGAGGGUUUCACGAUGACGGACACCCUCCACACAAUACUAUCACAGGAUAUGAAAAAGGUUGACCUUCCAAUUACUUAUCCAGACGAUCCCGCUAUAAUAUCCACAACUUCCGGAAGCACAGGAUUUCCAAAAACGGUUCUCCAUUCCAAUUUCAAUGUUUCGAGUUACCCCUUCUCUUGGACCCCUACUUCGGUGGAUUAUGAAAUCAUAAUGUACAACGACCGUCCGUUCAGUUGGGGUGGAGGAUCUCCCAUCCAAAAUAUUCUCAGGAGCAUGACAAGGGUUUUUAUGGAUGUAGCGAUAACCAUGGGCGGAAAUAAUGCAGAUUUUCUUUGGCAAGUGGUGAAGGAAGAACGAUGUACGGAUGCUCUUUUCUUCACAUACAUAAUGCAGGACCUCCUCGGGUUACCACCGGCUGUCACAGAAGAUGGGUUCAGACUCCAACAUGUAGCUACUGGGGGACAAAUAAUUGAUAACUUCUAUACACAAAUCACAAACCGAUUCUGUCACUCACUCAUAGUUGUGUACGGAACGACAGAAUGCAUCCCUGUCGCCUGGAACGGACCCGUGACGCAAGGCGAGAAUCUACCAGCUGGAGACGUGGGACGACCAUAUUAUGGUGUGGAAAUACAGGUAGUCGACGCUCAAGAAACGACUGUGCCCUUGGAAACCGUGGGUAAGGUCCAGGUCCGCUCACCGUACUUGAUGAAAUGUUACUUUGGCAACGAAAAGUUGACAAAGGAUGUAUUCACUGACGACAGGUGGUUCAGAACAGGCGAUGUCGGUAAAAUUUCAAAGAAAGGUCACCUCAUUAUCCUUGGAAGGGAAACUGACGCCAUAUCUAGAGGAACACGCAAAGUUUACCCAGCUUUGUUGGAGCAUCUGAUUGGAGUGGAGGUGGAGUCGGUUAAGGAUGUUUGCAUCGUAGCUGUCCCGGACAAGAGACUUUACGAGGAGAUAUGUGUAUGCUUUACAUCCUCAGGAAAAGUCACAGGAGAUGAUGUACAACAGUUUUGUCAGCAGACCCUUUUCAAAGAAAGCACCGUCGACAGCCUUGGAGAAAUGCCAACUUAUUUCUUGCUGUUUGAAGAAUUCCCCAAAUUAGGAAACGGAAAAAGAAACAAAAUAGCUGUUGCAACGGAAGCUACUCUGAGGUUAGGUUUAACUGAAGUGCGUGAAUAGGUCAUGGUAUGAACAGAUCAGUAUAUCGAUUUUUCAAAUUUUUACUCUAGUUUUAACUUUUAAACAUUUUAACAAGAAUUGAUGUAAGCGGUUUAGAAAAUAAUUAUUUUGUUCAAACAUAUACAUAUUGCAGCAAUCUAAGCUAUAUGGCGUUAUAAAGUGUUUAGUUGUACAAUGUAUACCAGUAUUAAAUGCGGCUAAACGAACGCGACACCGAAGCUAGUGUAGUGAGGAUUGAGAGAUUGUAUCAGCCCAUAUUUGAUUAACACGUUCCUACAUACGGUUUAUUCUUACAAGCGCAUUUAUGCAGACUUUGCUAUUUAGGGAAAUCAGCGUAUCCUGACGCUGGUUGGUGGCUCGACGGAGCGGAGAAGGCUUUAUUUUAUAGUGAUAUAUCGGAUUAUAUGAGUAUAAACCAUGUCAAGAUAUGCAUCGGGGCCAACACUGUAUGCAAAGCGUAUACUUACUUCACUCGAUAGAUAUAAAUGACUUUACAAGCGAAAUCCAGUUAAAAAUCAUCACGUUCUUGUAUCCUCCAAGUUUUGCAAAAACAUUGAUAUAUUAAUAAAGUAGCAGGGAAUUAAUAUGUGUCCAUCACAGCCAGUUUCGAUAUGAUGGCAUAAUAUCUAGGAUGUUUGCUGUACUAUGAAAUAAAUACAGAAAUAGAUAUGUAACAAUACUCAUAAUUAAAAUUAGUUGACUGUG